AUGUUGUUCCGAACUGCGUGGGCUCGUCAGGCCGCGACUCUGCGACGUCAGGCUUUUGCUCCUGUUGCCCGGCGAUCGGUCACCACCGACGCCGCCUCGUCGCAUGCUGAAAAUAUCCCAGAGGAUGAGAACAAGCCGUUCACCGUCCGUCUUUCUGAUGAGAGUUUCGAGACUUACGAGAUCGACCCUCCUCCGUACACCUUGGAGGUGACCAAGAAGGAGCUCAAGCAGAUGUACUACGACAUGGUCGCUGUCCGACGUAUGGAAAUGGCCGCCGAUCGCCUGUACAAGGAAAAGAAGAUCAGAGGUUUCUGCCACUUGUCGUCCGGUCAAGAAGCUGUCGCUGUUGGUAUUGAGCACGCCAUCACCCGCGAGGACAAGAUUAUCACUGCCUACCGAUGCCACGGUUUCGCUCUGAUGCGCGGUGGUACUGUUCGCUCAAUCAUCGGAGAGCUGCUCGGCCGCCGUGAGGGUAUCGCUUACGGAAAGGGUGGUUCCAUGCACAUGUUCGCCCCCAACUUCUACGGUGGUAAUGGUAUCGUCGGUGCCCAGGUCCCCGUCGGUGCCGGUCUUGGUUUCGCCCAGCAGUACAACGAGGAGCCCAACACCAGUAUCGUUCUGUACGGUGACGGUGCUUCCAACCAGGGUCAGGUCUUUGAAUCCUUCAACAUGGCUAAACUCUGGAACCUUCCCGUCCUUUUCGGUUGCGAGAACAACAAGUACGGUAUGGGUACCUCCGCCGCUCGUUCCUCCGCCUUGACCGAGUACUACAAGCGCGGUCAGUACAUCCCCGGUAUCAAGGUCAACGGUAUGGAUGUCCUCGCUACCAAGGCUGCCGUCAAGUACGGUAAGGACUACGCCAUCUCUGGCAACGGUCCCCUCGUUUACGAGUACGUCACUUACCGCUACGGUGGUCACUCCAUGUCCGACCCCGGUACCACGUACCGUAGCCGUGAAGAAAUCCAGCGCAUGCGCAGCACCAACGACCCCAUCGCGGGUCUCAAACAGAAGAUCCUUGACUGGGGUGUCAUGGCUGAGGAAGACCUCAAGGGUCUGGACAAGGCCGCCCGUGCCCACGUUGAUGAGGAGGUUGCCAUUGCCGAGAACAUGGGUCUCCCCGAGAACAACUCCCGCAUCCUUUUCGAAGACAUCUACGUCCGCGGCAGCGAGCCCCGAUGGAUGAGGGGCCGCACUGUCGACGAGACUUUCUACUACUAG